CGUGGGAAAAAACCUUAUGGCUCCGGUGAAGAAAUUGAAGAAGAAGAAGAAAUUGAAGAAACCCAAAAGCAUAAGCGCGGUUCCUACAGAACCCAGACCCAUUGAAUCGGACUGGUGGGAUAGUUUCUGGCACAAGAACUCCACAACCCCAGGUUCGCAUUUCUCUGUUUUACUCUUUAUUUCCUUCCAAGUUCCCCAUGUUUGUCUGAAAACAUCUUCAAAUUUACGACAUUACAAUUAUGGGUUUUUGUAGUAUUGGGUAAAUUCCUUGUCUUGAAAGAGAAAAUAAAAAUCAUUUUAGUAUCUAGAAAAAGUGGUGAUGAAAGAAUUAGAGUGCUUGUAAUUCUGUUGUGAUUUUUGGAAUUGCAUGUGGAAACAAGUGUUUAGAAGGACUGAGUUGAAUAGAACCAGAAGAUUGAGUGACUUAUUAAGCACUUCACCGGGCAAAUAUUGGAUGUUGAUACUGUAGUUUAAAAGAUUUGUAUUGGGUUAUUGAUUUAAUGUUGUUACAAUUUACUGAUUCUUUUGUGAGGAAAGAAGUGUUAGAUUUGGCUUCAUCAUUGAUGUGGUUCAAACUUCUAGGGCUUUCGAUUCCUUUGAAUGAGGAAGAAGGUUUCAAGUAUUUCUUCAGGGUAUCCAAGAAUACUUUCAAUUACAUAUGUUCCCUUGUUAGAGAAGACUUAAUUUCAAGGCCACCAUCAGGACUCAUUAACAUUGAGGGAAGGCUCCUUAGUGUUGAGAAACAAGUUGCCAUUGCCCUUAGAAGGUUAGCAUCUGGUGACUCUCAAGUGUCAGUUGGAGCAGCAUUUGGGGUUGGCCAAUCCACAGUUUCUCAGGUGACUUGGAGGUUCAUCGAAGCAUUGGAAGAACGUGCCAAGCACCAUCUCAAGUGGCCUGGUUCCAGUAGAAUGGAAGAAAUUAAAUUGAAAUUUGAAGAAUUAUUCGGAUUGCCUAAUUGUUGUGGGGCUAUAGAUGCCACGCACAUCAUCAUGACCCUUCCAGCAGUUCAAACUUCUGAUGAUUGGUGUGACCAAGAGAACAAUUACAGCAUGUUCUUGCAGGGUAUUGUUGACCAUGAAAUGAGAUUUCUAGAUAUUGUAACUGGCUGGCCUGGGGGCAUGACUCUGUCUAGACUACUGAAAUGUUCAGAAUUUUUCAGAUUGUGCGAGGCUGGAGAGCGCUUGAAUGGAAAUACAAUAACUUUCUCUGAAGGAGUGGAGAUAAGAGAAUUUAUUGUUGGUGGUGUUGCAUAUCCUCUUCUUCCAUGGCUCCUAACUCCUUUUGAGACAAAUGAGCUUUCCACUACCCUCUCUACUUUUAAUUCAAUACACAACACUGCAAGAUUUCUUGCAUCCAGGUCAUUUUUGCAUUUAAAGGGCAACUGGAGAAUUCUUAACAAGGUCAUGUGGAGACCUGAUAGGCGGAAAUUGCCAAGCAUAAUUCUGGUAUGUUGUUUGCUUCACAAUAUUAUUCUUGACUGUGGAGAUCAGUUGCAUCCAGAUGUUGCUUUAUCAGGUCAUCAUGACUGUGGUUAUAAAGAGCAAUGCUGUAAACAAGUUGAUCCAGUAGGCAAAAAUAUGAGAGAAAACGUAGCCAAGUAUUUGCAGCACAGAAAAGAGGAAGCUCCACCAAAAUAAUCUGCAAGAUGGAAAGCAGUCCCUCUGGGGUCUGGAUCUUCAAGUUCGAGCCUCCUCAAUCAUUUCCAUGAGGGUUCACUCUGAAUAAAUGUUGUUCACAUUUUUCAGUGUCAUUAGACUACACUUUGAUUCUGAUUUCUGCCUGCAAUCUUUCUACUUUCUUGUAACAGAUUUUACCUACCUGAAUAGCACGCUAACCCUCACCAUUAUAUCGAUCUUAUAGUGAUCGCUAUAAUAUUGACCCAUAGCGGCUCUAGCUCUACCAUGCAUAUUGUUGGUUUGGGAUUUUAUUUGAUUUGCAUGAACACCUCCAUGUAAAAGCGCUCCUUUAUAAAGUGAAAAAUUUUAG